AUGGGGCCUUCUCAGCUUGCCCGUGCCCCUCGGCCCCGGGGUUUAAGAUUCCGCUACCGCAGGCCAGGGAUGGGCUGGCCUAGGCCUCGAUUUCCCAGGAUGUUCAAGUGUAGCCGUAGAAGGUAUCGGCAGAAACCCCAAGGCCGAACUCCUACCACUGCAGCCACCAAUUUUGCCACCCUGGCCACAGAUAUCAACAACACUCACACCGUCACCACCACCAGUGUGUGGAUCCUUCCACCACCAGUUCUCAGACACCUCUGUCAACCUGGCAGCUUUCUGAUCUUCUAG